AUGGGAAACUCACAGGGAAAGCCUGUAGUCUUCACCGACGAGGUGAACCUCCAUCACUUCCGUCUCCUGCGAGUGGUUGGAAAAGGUGCUUUUGGCAAAGUGAGAAUCGUUGAACGAAAGGAUACUGGGUUAACAUUUGCACUCAAGUAUAUUCGCAAAGACGAAGUCGUGCAGACAGAGAGUGUGCGAAACAUUAUCCGGGAACGCCGCAUGCUUCAGCAACUCAAUCACCCAUUUCUUUGUAACUUACGGUACAGCUUUCAAGACUAUCAAUACUUGUAUUUGGUUGUUGAUCUCAUGAAUGGAGGAGACAUUCGGUUCCACAUUUCCAGACGUACUUUUACCGAAGACGCUAUAAGGUUCUGGCUUGCAGAACUUGGAUGCGCUCUUCGCUAUAUUCAUCAACAGGGCAUUGUGCACCGUGAUGUGAAACCUGACAAUAUUCUCCUCGACGGCGAAGGACACAUUCACCUUGCAGACUUUAAUGUCGCUUCCAACUUCUCGCCCCGCCGGCCGCUGACCAGCAGGUCUGGAACUCUGGCUUACUUGGCGCCGGAAGUCUACAGCAAGGAAGGAUAUUUGGACGAAGUUGACUGGUGGGCAAUGGGGGUAACUUUUUACGAAUGCAUUUACAACAAGAGACCGUUUGAGGCCAGAACGCACGAUGGAUUGACGAAUGAAAUCAUGGCGGCGAACCCGCGCUAUCCUCUCACUAGACCUGCCGUGUCUCCGCAAUGCGUGAGUGCAAUGACUAGUCUAUUAGAGAAGGAUAAGACGAAGCGUAUCGGCGCUGCUGGCUUCGAGACAUUUACAGAUCAUCCAUUUUUCCAACCAAUUGACUUUGUAGCGCUUGAGCGCAAGGAAAUCGAACCGGUCUUCCGUCCUUCAGCCGAUAAAGCCAAUUUUGACGCCACCUACGACCUGGAGGAGUUACUGCUUGAAGAGGCACCGCUUGAAGCUCGAACUCGCCGGCAACGGCCCCGAGAUCAGCUAAGAGCGGAUGCAUCGGAGAAGGAAAUCCGCGAGGAUGAACUGCAUAAAAUGAUUGAGACUCUAUUUGAGCCAUUUGACUAUACGACUGUCAGUUACUCUCAGCCACCACCGCUCGGAGAAUGCAGUGAUCAUCCCCCUGGUACUAAGCCAGUUGACCUACUUCAGCCUCCUCCUAGGGCAGUUAUGGCGGAGGGCUCGGUUAGUCCGAGCCCGAGCGAACCGACUUCUCCGAUAUUUACCCCAGGAACCAAGUCGGUCAAUGGCUCGCCGCCGCUUCCACCGCAGAUUAUGGGCCCACCUGGUCGCCAGCAGCCCCCCUUUCCGGGUCAAAAUCCAGAGACUUAUGGUGUCGGUGAAGCGAUUUCCACAGACCACGCGACAACGAUACAUCGGCCACCGGCUCCUCGCCCUCGUGGUGGAACCAAAACGGUCAGUGCCUCUGGUGGAGUCCAGGUUGUCCUUGACGGUGCUGGCAGCUGGUCUGACCUCGCCGAUCGGAGCUCUACAAUGCCCGCUGAAGGAUUUGAAGGAAUCGAAGGCCGAGGAACAGCGAAGCCCGGUGGCAUGCUCGGAUUUUUGUCGCGCAAAAAGGGACGUGAUCGGUCUCCUAAGCCCUUGGAGAGGGGCAUCAUCGGCAAGGACGGAGCACGGGUCAUUAUUGAAUGA